CGUCUGUUGAAAUUUAAUAUCAUUGAGAUAUGCAAUAUAAUUUACUAUCGACUAAUUCCACAAAUUGUACACCGCAGAAUUGUACAAGUCGAAGUCAGGACUAAUCUUAGCACGCAAACCUAAGUAAAUUUGACUCGAUUAAUAUAUUUAAAUUAGCCUAAUUAUAUUAAUGAUAUAAUUGAUAAUUAAGAUCUUGAUAAACCGCAGUAGCUAACCUAGCAAAUCCACGCCCACAAUUUUAGUAAAUAAAUCCUCAUCAUAUGACGCAAACUACUUUCUUGAAUAAGCAUACUUUAAAUAUUUUUUAUUCUGAACCAAUGCUCAUAGGUUGCCUUUGUAAUCGCUGUCUUGAUGUUAGGGGUGCUUCCGUGAAACUUCACGGCCCUGGUCACGAACCAGCAGUCGAAGGUCGAGUAGUAUAGUGGUAGAUGGUAACGACGUGAAACGUGACGCAUAUAGUAACAGUGUACGUCGAGGGGGAUGUACUGGUAUGUGGAGUGUAGAGAAUCGACGUCGGGAACCAGCACAGGGUGGCUGACUUCGUCGAAGCGACGCGACGUCAGGGUGGAUUCACGGGGUGGUUGGUAGUCGCGUGCUCUCAUCGUCAGGUGAACAACUUUUGUAUGGAUAUAAUCGGUUUACCAAAUAUUUUUCCGAGUUACUGUUACCCGUAUCGGGAUCUAGCCACGUCUCCGUGACACGCAAAACUUCUGCAUCGUCUAUAACUGCUCACGUAUGUAGCACGUGUUCCCUUACACGCGAUGCUCGUGAUUUGUUCGUGCUUUUAUUAAGAGGAAGACACCGGGACCGAGAUGGCGCAGGAUAUCCCGGAGGCGACGUACGUACCGGAAGUGGAGGAGGAUACGAGAAAGGAACGAGAACGGCGGGCUGUUGAAGAGGGAACGGCCUCGUGGAGACGACGAAAGGAGGAGUUGCUACGUCAAAAGCACCGUGAACAGCGAGAACUCCAGCAAAUCUUGGAGAAUUAUUCGCCUUGGGGUAAACCAGGUGGCGGUGCUCCUUGUGCUGCAACCCUUAGAAAGAAAAACGUUCCUCUAGAACCCCCGGAAUUAUCAAAGUGUCAUAAUUUCAGCCAGGGCUGGACGAGCAAUUCGACCAUCGAAAGGCUACACAGAAGGAGUAUUAAUCCUUUGCCCGUCACGAAUAUGAACAAGUUCUUUGAUGAUAAAGCAGAACCAGGUAUCGCUACGGAUAUGCAGCUGAUACAGGAUUCAAAAAAUCCCUACAACGAGGAAGUUCAGGUGUACGAAUUGACCGGGGGUGUGGAAUUGGUCCCUCUUUUAACUAGCAGACGAUAUUGCUCGCAAUCGCAAUUGCAAAACAAUCGUCACGUUGCCACCGAUGCCACUCGACCUGGAUACACGAUAGACCCAUUGCGAUCGUUGGAGGUUGAGAAUCGCGAAUACAUCGCCGAACUCGCCGAGCAAGUGCAACGAAAACGAGAGAAGGCAUUGGAGGAACAAAAGAUUGAGUUGGAAAGCUGUCGAAGACAUUUCGAUACCUGGAGAAAGUUGUGGGGUCGGCCGGGUCACGGUGCACCCAUAGAUCACGCCCAUCGUAACAAUCUCUACAACAUUCUCUACCAUUCAGCUAUCUAUUGAAUUUCUACUUGCUGCACUGUGCAAAAUCAGAACUGCAUCUUCCACUUUCUUUUCGUGCAAUGGAGGAACUUGUACGAAAUCUCUUUAUGUUACGGGAAGAAUUGCUACAGGACGAGCAACUAUAAAAGAUAAUAGGUUCGCGAUUCUACAAUACAAUACGACGAUAGAACGACGGAGUUGCAGGUUUCCUAGGAGAAUAGAUCUAGGAAGAAUGGAAUUUAGUAAGUUUUCGAGUUGAUAGAGAAAUGAUGGGUUGUUAUGAAAUAGUUUGAAGCUGUUUGCAAUAAAACAAGAAGAGAAUGAAUCGAAAGUUGUGGAUCAGAAGCGUUCAACGUAACACGAUGUAACUUAAUAGGUGGAAAUAUGGAAAUGAUGAUAAUGUGUAUGAUAAUACGCGAAGCAGUGUAUACUGCGAAAUUAAUUAGAGAUUUUGUAGAAUGGAGAAUGGACCGCGGGGAAUGUAGAAUUAGUUAACAAGAUUUUAAUUGUGCUUUCGAGAUUCACACAGAUACACGUUUUUAUUACUUGUCGUUGCAUCUCGUUAUCUUGAAAAAAAACACCAGAAAUAGCAUGUUUUAAUAUUUUACAUGCGUAUUAGGCACACGUCGCCAUAAAUGUAUAUCGAACUAGCUCGAAUUAGCUGUGUUUACACGCGUACGGGAGACGCUCUAUUUUGAGUUGUUUUUUAAAUAUUUCGUCUGUCCAUAGAAAUAUGGAAGAGAAAUCAGUACGAGUGGUUCUCGCAAGGUAAUACAUGUCGAAUCGAGUGAGAAGAGAUGUCGGGUGAGCUAUUAAAUUUUAUGAAAGCUCUCCAAGAGCGGGAGACGUUUGAUAAGGUAGAAACGUGCUACGAUUGACCACAUUUCAAAGGAGCAAUCUCGAGAGAACGUGACUACCCUUCAAGCCGAUGAUUUCUAAAUUUCAUGAAAGUCAAAGAAUUUGGAUCUAUUCGUAUGCGUGUGUUUUGUGCGCGUAAACGCGUUGACUGAUCCAGGGAUUCCAACUUCGAAGAUAGUCAAAAGAAAUGAAUCGCUGCUGUCGAUACAGCUGUCCUCGAAAACCUUUAUUGGUUGCUUCGGUUCACGAGCAUCAAAGGACGGAAGCUAGCGGGUGAGAGGAGAGGGGAAAGAGAAACAGCCGGGCUUAUAAAACAGUUUGCAAUAUCACAUGCCAUGCUAAAUGGUUGUGCGUUUGAACACGACGUUCAAAGAUCUCCAGUGUUCUAUAAUAUUUCAGGAAAAUACUCGAUACAGGUUCAACCUGAAAUGCUCUCGUUACUUGUGUUGCAUUGAAAUUAAAUGAAAUUGCAUUUAAACGAUCUGGGAUACAUAAAUACAGAUAUGAUUAAAAAACAAAUUUUCGCUUUAUUUUACAAACAAGAUACAAAGUGGGAGAAGUAAUAUCGUAUAAAGUGUACCUUUCACAUUCUGCAAAUUCUAUGUCUGUUUCCUCGUUCCUGUAAAGAUGAUUUCUUCUUAUUUGAAUAUUUAUUGGUAAGAUAUUGCACAUUACUCGAACGAAAAUAGUUUAGUACAAAAUAUAUGAGAACUAUUUCUUUGUUAGAAACACUGAUUGUUAUUAAUGAAAGCACAUGUAAAGUAUAAUGAACCUAACUAACAAUAAGGUCAACCAACAAUAAACGUCUGCAGGUUUCUCUAUUACUGGUACAAUAAUACAUUAAUUAAAUUAACGAUUAAUGAUCAAUUAGUGGGCAAUCUGAGAAAAAAGACAGAAUCCGCUCGAUUCUACUGGGCGCCUCGAAUUUAAUUUGGAUGUUGUUCCGACAGCACGGUACAGUUUCUAUUCCUAAACGUGUACCUUUGUUCCGCCGCCGGGCAUAGAGAACGCUAGUUUCAUCCUUUCCAGGGUACCUUUUCCUCCCCCUAGAAAGCCACGGAAUCCAGCGCUGUCGCGCAUCUCUCUGGUUACGAUCUCUCCGUCCGAGCCGCAGCCACCGCCGGCCGAAAGCUACGCUUUCCCCAUUGUCUGACUAUUGUAUUCCGUUACCACUGUGUGUCCGUUCGUUUGUAUAAGAGUGAUUCAUUUUCCGCGAAAUAUCAGUUCCUGCGCCGCAUGAAUUGCAACUCGCACGGCCGCGUAAAACCGCCGCGCAUUGCAAACCCUUCCUCCCUUCAACACAUCCACCCCUGUAUUCCACCCUUUUCCUCUCGUUGUCCUCCUCUUCUAUAUCGUUUAUUCAUUUCUAUCUCUUUUCGUAGAGAGCGCGCAUUGUCGCGAAAUUGGGUCGGUCGCUUGCCUGAAAUGAGAUACGCGACCAGUGUCGGUGUCGGUGAAAAUUGGUCAUUGCUAUCUCGUUUUCUCCUACAUUUCCCCCCUCCCAUUUUUUUGUACCCUCUUUCUUUCGCGUCCCUGUUUGACGCGUAUUUAGGGAGCGACGCAGAAUGGAAAAACAUCGCCCUUCCUUCCGGUUAGUUGUUCGUGGAAGACUCUUUAAUUUCCGGCUGAACAUUCGAGGAGAGCCGAAUCGCAACCACGGAUCGCGUAUCCCAAGUGUAUUUGGCAUUGUACCCUUAAACAGGGAUUGCAAAGCUACCGUAUGAAUUUACUUUUAAAAAUUAACAAAGGUUCAACAGUCCUGAAAUAAAAAUUCCAAUGUAUAUUUAU